UGUUAAUGUAAUAAUUACACGAUGCCUUGCGGAAAGAGGCCCCUCAUUAAAAGUUGGGACAAGCCGAAGCAUUUAAGAGUUAUUACUCCUUCGCCUUAUGAACAAAUCGAGGCCUCAGUCAAAGUGCACUGGAAUAAUGUAAUACGAGAAUUAGAGUUAUCGUACAAGGAUGAACAGUUUUGGGAAUCACAGUGUGAUACUGUACGUGAACUAGUGGGGCCAGUUAUAUUUCAGAGAAUUGCCAAAAUAUUUAACUUGCCAUUGGAAGAAACGCAAUAUGAACCAAAAUCUGAAACGUCCUCUUUGAAUCCAUCGGAACUUUUCUAUAAGGCGAGAUCUUCUGCAGAAUUACAAUUACGACCUACAUUUUCUAUGAGUGAUUUUGAAAUAUCAUUAGGAGAAGAAGAAGAAGACGUAGAAGUAGAGCAAUCAGAACAGUGGAGUGCAUCCUCAGUGGUAGAGAAUGAAAUAAAAAAAACUUCACGUUCUAAAUCUAUACUUAAGUCGAAAUCGCUAAUCGCUUCGAAGUCUAAAAUUAUGUCUAGAUCAUUCUCCAAGUUCCUAUCGAAGACAAUCAUGAGAACAUCCUCUAGUAGAACCAAGACGUACAAAUCAUCAUUUACUACCGAUGAACCUGCAAAAACAGAUGAUGACUUAUUAGUACACCUUUCUAGCAGACAUGCUGUACGUGUUCCAUAUCAAAGGCGAACGAAAAAUCCACAUUUUGAAAUGCUUUACUGUAAUGAAUCGGAGACUGAUAUGAUCAAGUGGAAUUCUAAGUACAAGCAGAAAACUUUCGAAGUCUCAGCCUCUGACGAAUGCAGUAAGAAAGCUGAAAUAAUGACUAAAAAGAUUUCUAAAGAGUUUUAUGAUUGGUGGGUUGAUUUAGGGAAUGUUGAGUUCAAAAGUGAGAUCAAGCGUCCCGAAGAUAUUGAAGAUCUCUUUCAGGUCUGGUUUGACGAGCAUGCUUCUAGAUGUUUGGUUUUGGAUCCGAAGAUACUUCCUUGUGUCUUGCAUAGUAUUGCGAAAUAUGUCGGUGUACCUAAAGCUUCGUGUUCAAAAGUUUUAACUAGACAGAUUGCGUAUGAUAUUCAUGCGGAAACAAGUCCGCCACAUACAAUAGCAUUUGGUACAGAAUUACCACAAAACAUGAAGCAUAUCCCACCUAAAAACAGUACGGAGAAGAUGUGGCACUCUGUUAAGAUCCCCGAGGAUUUGCGUUCCAUGGCUUGUGUUUGGGAUGAUAUACAACAUCUUACAUCAACGAAAGCUUUCCAGAAGUGGCUCGAACAAAAUCCUUGCCUACCAAUGCCUCCUUGUUUUAAAGCUUUACAUGCUUCUGGUGAGAAGAAACAACCAUUUGUGGUACCUUCAGACUAUGUUGUCACUGACAAGAGUGUAUCUUCUUCUGCUCAAGACUUGGCGCUGCCGAUUUCACAGUUUACUAUAGAGUUAAAAGAAGUAUUGAGUAAAUUAAUGAAUCAAUAAUGAAAGUUACAAUUAGUCAGAUUGUUAAUAAUAUAGUGGCAAUAUAAUAAUAAUAAAUAGCAUGCAAUCACACGUCUAGUCCUAAAAAAACACACCCUGUUAUUUGAGGAAUUAGGCAACGAACAUUUGGAGGCAUCCCCCAGAACACUCAGACCCAAGCCAGUUCAAAAAAGUUUGUUUCUAAAUUUCUUUAUGUUUGAAUAUUGAGUUAUUGUAUUUUUUUUUUUAUUUAAAUAAAUAAAUUUCUGAUAUUUAUAUUGAA